CUGGAUUGAGCCCAAAAGUUCAAUGGAUGAAAUGAAACCUUUCGGGUUUCGCAACCUGUCUUGUUUACCAAGAAAAGCCAAAGCAAACAUCCCUAUUCUUCUUUCUAUCUCUCGAGGAUCCAGCUUUUGGAUCAAACUAAAGAUGUUCCUCACAAGGACCGAGUAUGACCGAGGAGUGAACACUUUCUCUCCUGAAGGAAGAUUGUUUCAGGUUGAAUAUGCUAUUGAAGCCAUCAAGCUAGGUUCAACUGCAAUUGGGUUAAAGACACGUGAAGGUGUUGUGCUUGCAGUUGAGAAGCGUAUCACUUCGCCACUGCUGGAGCCCGGUAGUGUGGAGAAAGUUAUGGAAAUUGACUCACAUAUUGGAUGUGCUAUGAGUGGAUUAAUUGCCGAUGCUCGUACGCUUGUUGAGCAUGCACGUGUAGAAACUCAGAACCAUAGAUUCUCUUAUGGUGAGCCCAUGACAGUGGAGUCUACAACACAAGCACUCUGUGAUCUGGCUCUACGAUUUGGUGAAGGCGAUGAGGAGUCCAUGUCUCGUCCAUUUGGGGUGUCACUUCUCAUUGCUGGUCAUGAUGAGAAUGGUCCUAGCCUGUAUUAUACAGAUCCAUCUGGCUCAUUUUGGCAAUGCAAUGCAAAGGCUAUUGGUUCAGGAUCAGAGGGUGCAGAUAGCUCUUUGCAAGAGCAAUAUAACAAGGACAUGACUCUUCAAGAGGCUGAGGCAAUUGCACUUUCCAUUCUGAAGCAAGUUAUGGAAGAAAAGGUGACUCCCAACAAUGUUAACAUUGCAAGGGUGGCUCCAACAUAUCAUUUGUAUACCCCUGCAGAGGUGGAGACCGUCAUUAGUCGCUUAUAAGAAGAAAAACAAUGUCGUGAAAUUUCCUUCGACAUGAUUUUUAUUCCGAUUUCUUGCCUAAACUGCUUGUCUCCUUAUUAGUUGGGAAAGCAGAGGAUUGGAAUUCCACACAAUUUUGUCUGGAAUGGGGCUAAGUUGUUGUGCUACUUAGUUGUGCAACUGGAUCUCAUCUCAUCAGAAUGAAACACAAAUAUUUUUUUUUU